AUGGCACAGGCUUUGCACGUCAACCCCGAGCACCUCGCUCUCCACCCGGCUAAUCAAGAGCCCGACAUUUCCUCUGCGGUAUCGUACUCUGCUACAGAGUUUUCGGCUGCUCUUGGCCCGGGAGCUGCCGCUGGUGCCUCUCCUUUUGGGGCUGCCGGCGCCCUUGCUGGAGCUGGUGGCGUCCCUGGCACCCUGCCGGGCGUCCUCACACAGGGGCCUGCUUUCGCUGUCGCCCCGAUUAUGGCUCAGGGAAACUACCCCGGGGUGCUAUUGCAAGUCAUUUCGACCGCACAACCGGCAUCGAGCGAGCUUCAGCCCAUGGUGCCCACGGGUUUGCCCGACCUCACGAUCGGCCAACACUUCCCGCAGGGAGUAAACCCUGUUGCAGUAGGCUCUGUCUAUUUCCAGCCACUCGGGCCUAAUGAAUCGCUGCUGUUCACCCCCUCACCUGGUCCGGUGUUGGACCAGCCGACCAGGAUGUCCCAGCUAGAGGACUGGGCCCCCGUUUUGCACGGGGUUGCAUAUGAGGCUCGCGACGUGUUACUUGGGACCAUCUUCGCUGAUGACAAUAGCGAUCCCUUUGCAACCGGUCCCCCUGUACGCUCGACUGCACGCGAGACGUUUCUUGACAUUAGGGCGCGCUUCGAGGAUCAGGAGUUGCGGAAGAGGAACCCGUUAUCACGCCGCCUUCCCGAACAGUAUUGGGCAUCCGAUGACAUAGUGACCCUCAUAGCAGACUCCCUCGGCAACUUCAGGUCUCGGCUGAAGGAUCUCGCACAGAAACUCAUCGACAUCGACCCUAUCAACGACCGCAACCCUCUCCCCGUACAGAUGUAUAAAAGUUAUUAUCUGCACGCUCCCGACAUCAACGCGGACAGUGAUGGGCCUGCACCUCCAUCCCUCGUUCGCCAAAGAGCCAUAACUUUGAGGGAGCACGAAUUAUUCAUGCACCGUGGCACCGCACUACCGAACGGCCGAUUCCAACACGACUAUAGCAACCCGGUGCUAUUCCGCUUGGUAGAGAGAGCAUUCUAUGAGGGAAACACCUUCGGCGGCCAACAUUCCCUCGCCCGGGCAAUUGAUGCAAUAUAUCGAAAGUACUUCCCGAACGUCCCGGACGAGGAAGUACCUUUCCGCACAUCCAUCCCGAUCACCGCCAUCGCCCUAUGCGUCACUGUAAUUGCGAACGUGCUUGAUCAACGUUGCGAAACCGGCUUCUUCGACCGCAUCCGCUUUCACCGCGAUAGAUACCGCACAUUAUUUACGGACAUUCGCAACGAGCUCUAUCUGGCGCUGCAGGACCCAGCGUUCGGCCCUGUUUAUCAUGAUUUUUUGAGGCAGCAUGCUGAGUCAGAGCCCUCCCGCAUACCCACUGCCGUCCGCAAGUUGCUUUCCUCGAUGUCGCGCUCUCAGCCCACGCCGACAUUUUCACCCACUUUCACCUCAUUCGUUUCCUCAGUUCCACAAUCUAACACCCACACCGCCAGUCACGAGCUAGUUCCCUCUGCAGCGAGUGCCAAACUGGUCCCUGAAAUUGCGCCGACGAGCACACGUGGCUUGGAGAGUAACAUGCACUACCCCACCAAAGGCAGCGUUGCACCCGCUGUCCCAUCGUAUGAUGCGACCCCGAUUAUCCGUGAAUUAAUGUCUACAAGGGGCUUCCCAGAGAGGGCAGAUGACGCGGAGUGCCUCCUGGCCCUUGUUCGCAGGGCGCGGGACCAUCAGAGCCACUUGAAGAGCGCCAUGGAGGAUGCCGUUCGGUGCAGUCUCAUACAACUGCACCUGUAUCAGGCGGAGUUGAAGAGAGUGCGAAGACAAUUGGUGGAGGCAGAGAGGGGUGUCGGAGAAGUUCGCGCCUGGAUCCGCGACAGAGGCAUUCCAGUUGGUGUGGCUCUGACGCAGGCAGGUAUCACGGAUGAGAUCGAGGAAGACCUUAGCGAUGAUGAUAGGAGCGCGUUCUAG